UGCAGGCUGGACACCCCAGAGGGACGCUAGGCCGGGGGUGCCCCCUCUGCUGAAACCGCCUCCUCACACCCUGUUCCGAGGCGCCCCUCCCGGCAGUGAUCCCGAUCCCGUCAGCGGCUGCUAGCUCGCUGGCCGGGGACCCGGCGCGACCCCAGGAGACACUGCUGCACCCUCCGGCCGGUCCCCUGGUGGCGCAGCGGCGAAAGUUGCAGAGCACUUCCGGGAGGUAGGCGCCACCUGUCCGAAGCGCAGCCCUCUGCCCGGAUCCCCGCCGCGUCAGGGCGCCCGGGGGCCGCAUCGCUGGGGAACCCGGUCCUGGCGAGGGGGGCGGCGGCGGCGGCGGCUUUCAAACUGCGCGCGCGGCCGGGCAUCCCGGGGAGGGGGCACUUGCGCGGGGGUGGGGGGGGGCAGCGCCGACCGGCUGAGUUGCGCCUGGAGCCUCUGAGCUGGCGAGCGCUGUCCGAGCGUGGACGUGGCCCCGGCCAAGUGGACACACAGAGCUUCCCUGGGGAAGCCUGCGCGCUGUGGAGACGGAGCAGCUCGUUCCUGGAGGACUCUGCUCUCGGGCAGCUUGCACCGGGCUUGCCAAGCCCUAGAUGCCCUGAUCUGGAAGCCACCCAGAAAGAAGACCUGGGACAGCCACACUGUAUCUCUCAACAAUCCCUAGUAAUGAAUCAGCAUGUCUUCAGAGGAAUGGAAGAAAACAAGGAAAGGCCCAAACGCCAGCGGCAGAAUAAUUUCUCCAUGUUUCCCUCCCCAAAAGCCUGGAAUUUCCGAGGGCGAAAACGGAAGCAGAGCUCCCCAGAUGAAGAUGCUGUCAGCCUCUGUAGUCUUGACAUAAAUGAGCCUAGCAAUAAAAGGGUCAAGCCCCUAUCCAGAGUCACUUCACUAGCCAACCUCAUCCCUCCUGUGAAGGCCACACCAUUGAAGCGCUUCAGCCAAACACUGCAGCGCUCCAUUAGCUUCCGCAGUGAGAGCCGUCCUGACAUUCUCAACCCCCGGCCCUGGUCCAGAAAUGCCUCCUCAUCCAGCACAAAGCGGAGGGAUAGCAAGUUGUGGAGUGAGACCUUCGAUGUCUGUGUCAAUCAGGUGCUCACGUCCAAGGAGAUCAAACGUCAGGAGGCAAUUUUUGAACUUUCUCAAGGAGAAGAAGACUUGAUCGAGGACUUAAAAUUGGCAAAAAAGGCCUAUCAUGACCCCAUGCUGAAACUCUCCAUAAUGACAGAGCAAGAACUGAAUCAAAUUUUUGGAACACUGGACUCUCUGAUUCCUCUCCAUGAAGAGCUUCUUAGUCAACUUCGAGAUGUUCGGAAGCCUGAUGGAUCUACUGAGUAUGUCGGUCCCAUCCUCGUGGGCUGGUUGCCUUGUCUUAGCUCCUAUGACAGCUACUGCAGUAAUCAAGUCGCUGCCAAAGCUCUACUAGAUCACAAGAAACAAGAUCACCGAGUUCAGGAUUUCCUCCAGAGAUGUUUAGAAUCACCCUUUAGUCGCAAACUCGAUCUUUGGAAUUUCCUUGAUAUUCCAAGAAGCCGCCUGGUGAAAUAUCCUCUGCUGCUUCGAGAAAUCUUGAGGCACACACCCAAUGAUAAUUCAGAUCAGCAGCACCUGGAAGAAGCUAUAAACAUCAUUCAGGGAAUCGUGGCAGAAAUCAACACCAAGACUGGAGAAUCUGAAUGCCGCUAUUAUAAAGAGAGACUCCUUUAUUUGGAAGAAGGCCAGAAAGACUCCCUGAUUGACAGCUCGAGGGUGUUGUGUUGUCAUGGUGAACUGAAGAACAACCGGGGUGUGAAGCUGCAUGUCUUCCUGUUCCAGGAAGUGCUUGUGAUCACUCGAGCUAUUUCCCACAAUGAGCAGCUCUGCUACCAGCUAUACCGGCAGCCAAUCCCAGUGAAGGACCUGCUCCUGGAAGACCUGCAGGAUGGAGAAGUGAGGCUGGGUGGCUCCCUACGUGGAGCUUUCAGCAACAAUGAGAGAAUUAAAAACUUCUUCAGAGUAAGUUUCAAAAAUGGAUCCCAAAGUCAAACCCACUCACUACAAGCCAAUGACACCUUCAACAAACAGCAGUGGCUCAACUGUAUUCGUCAAGCCAAAGAAAUGGUCUUAAGUGCAGUUGGCCAGGCUGGGGUGCUUGACUCCGAGGGACCGUUCCUACAUCCCACGACUGGGAGCAGGGAGCCACAAGGAGAAACAAAACUUGAGCAGAUGGACCAGUCGGACAGUGAAUCAGACUGUAGCAUGGACACGAGUGAGGUCAGCCUUGACUGUGAGCGCAUGGAACAGACGGACUCUUGUGGUAAUAGCAGGCACAUUGAAAGCAAUGUCUGACAGAAGUGCAUAUGCUUCCUGGAAGCAGCCCUGUGUCUUACCUGUACAGUAUUUGCAUUCCACACAUGGAACGGUUUGGAGAAGCACUUUUAAAAAAAAAAAAAAAAAAACUUCUGUGAUCGUGUUGCCCCAGUCUCUUGUGUCUGUAUCUUUGUCCCUAGUACUGUAACUGCCCAUCUGUGCGUGUAAGCUGGAAUCCAUUGCAACUACCACUCUGUAUUGUAUUUCACAAGUGUUUGGAAGUAUGGAGAGGUACUUGAACAAGUUACAGUCACUUGUCCUGCUGGGUUUGUUUUUAAAAAGUGGGAAAGAGAGCAGAGGUAGAUCCUCUAAACUACUGUUUCAUGUAGAUUGUCAAAAAAGUCCUUCCAUGUUUCUCUAGUGCAAUUUGCUCAGUGACGUGGCAACUGAAAGCACAGAAUUAAGAGGGACUUUCAAAUAGGACCAAGGGAAGUCCUUUGUACAUUGAUGGCAUUUCAAAUUUGUACAUUUGAAAGAGGGUUAGGAUAGAUCAAUACCAUUGGCAUGAGCUUGGUUCAAUGUCAGCCAGCCAUAAAAUCUGAAAACACACUCUGGGGAUUCUGGACACUUUAUUUGGCCAGAAAGAAGCAAUCUCUUGACUUUGCAAUUUUAUCUAGUACAAAUUUGAUGCAAUCUAUCAAAAUAGAAUCUGGGGUUGGACAGAUAGCAUAAUGGUGAUUCAAAAUGAUUUUCAUGCCAGAGGCACCAAUGGUCCCAAUUUCAGUUUUUCCAACACCAUGAUAAACCAGAGUUGAGCAGACCUCUGGUUCAAAAUAAAAGAAGAAGAGGGUAGGGGGCGGGGGAUAGAUAGCAUAGUGGUUAUGCAAAGAGACUGUCAUGCCUGGGGCUCUGAAGUCCCAAGUUCAGUCCCCCGCACCACCAUAAGCCAGAGCUGAGCAGUGCUCUGGUGUUUCUUUCUGUGUCUUUCUUUCUCUGCAUCUCUCUAAAAAAAUUAAAUAAAUAAAUAAAUAAAUAAAAUAAAUAAAUAAAAGAAGAAGAAAUUAAGAAAGAGAAAGGAAGAAAGAAAGAGAAAAGAAAGAAGAGAGAAAAAAGAGCCUAGCCUUAAAAAGGCCUGACACAAAAGCAACUGUCAGCUCAGAAUCUUGAACCCAGAAUCUUGAACAAGAGGACUCUUGUCAUUGUUUCUGGCUUGUGUUAGCCAUUUUUAGCUUAAAUCAUCAAACUAAAACUCCAAGGACCUGGGAAAAUCUGGUAGGAUUCUAAGAAGCCCCUGCCCCUCUUCAUUAUUUUUUAUCUACUUAAACCUAAUUAUUCAGUUUAGAGCAUGAAUGAAGAUAUGAGGGAAGAAUAUUGUGAUGGAAUUAAUAACUUCUUUUACCAAGAAGGAAAAAAGAGAGAGAGAGAGAAGACUUUCAAAGAAAUGCAUCAUGACCUUGCGUAGGAAACAUUAAAACAAAAAGUGAAGUCCAACGUGCUUCCUCAACAGGCCAGAGACUUGGAUUUUCCUGCUCUGGUGCUAGAUCUUCAGUUUUCUCUCUAGCUCUGUGUUGACCAGAAUCAAUUUACAUUUUCCAGAGGCCAAUUUUAUUGACUCUAUGGUUAAUUAGGAUGUUAGCCAAACUAGUAACCUCUUUGUCCAGCCUGAAUUUACAGUGCAGGGUAGGUCACAGACCUUAAAAAAGAAGAAAGAAAAAAAAAAAAAGUUGAUUCAUGGAAAAACUCCCUGAGAGUGUAAAUAUUAAGGAUGUGCAAAAUUAUAACCACACCAGCACUAGGAGUAAUGGUUCUAAAUUAUUGCCAAAUAAGGGUUUUCCCCCCUUACUCUUCUGUGUUUUUCAAGUUUACAGAAAUGAAAACAGUAGAUACUAUGUCAUUUUGCUACAUACACCUCUAAUGUGCACUCAGAGAAUCUGUUUGACAAGAUUUAUCAACAUAAAAGCAAGGUAUAUUACUUGUUUUCUGAAAACAAAAAAAUUAUUGUGGUCAUAAAGCAUUUUCCCAUAUUUAUAGAUAUUAAACAUGGUGAAGUUUUUUUCUAUUACAAGUUUAUUUAAAACUGCUUUGUCUCUUAAGUUGUUAGUGAUGUAGCAAAUAAAAGAACCUGCUAUGGAUAGAAACCGAGGAAAGCCAAGGACAGUUGUGUGAAGACAAAGGAAAUCAUUCUAUCAUUCUUUGCAGGAGCCAUCCAUCACUUUGGCCAAUGUGUUGAGAAGAGUGAUCUGUCAAGUAUUGUUCUCUGGAGAGAAAGUAAAUGAAUAUUUUGAUGAAAUGAAUGUUUUUGUAUACUGGCCUUAAACUUUUCUGGAAGCAUUUCAAAUAAAUUACAUUAAAAUGUCA